AUGAUUGAGAAAAUUUUUUUCAAGCACGCAAAACAAAUAUAUUUCAAAAAUAUAUUACGACAGACACAGCAGUCUUAUAGUCAUAAAACUACCACUGCUAAAAUUGGUACUAUUGUUAAUGCAAAUGAUCCUUCUUUCAUAGGAAUUGAAACUAUCUUUACAAAUGAACUAAAAUUUAUUGACAAAGAGUAUUAUGAUCCUGUAUCAACAUUUAGAAUUUUAAACUCGGUUAAAGAUGUGCAGUUACCAAAAGAUUUCAAGUUAACUGAGGAAAUUUUUAUUAAAAUAUAUUGCAAAAUGAUUACUUUGAAUAUAAUGGAUAAAAUCCUCUAUGAAUCUCAGCGACAAGGACGUAUAUCAUUUUACAUGACCAAUAUAGGAGAGGAGGCAACUCAGAUUGGUUCUGCAGCUGCUGUUUCAUUGGAAGACAUUAUAUAUGCACAAUAUCGUGAAGCUGGUGUCUUGUUAUGGCGUGAAUAUCCUAUCAUAGAUUUUAUGAAUCAGUGUUAUGGUAAUCACAAAGAUACUUCAAAGGGAAGACAAAUGCCAGUUCAUUAUGGAUCAAAGAAGUUGAACUUUGUUACUAUAUCAUCUCCAUUAACAACACAACUACCUCAAGCGGUAGGUACAGCAUAUGCACUUAAACAAUUUAAGAAAGAUGCAUGUGUAGUUUGUUACUUUGGUGAAGGAGCUGCUAGUGAAGGAGAUGCUCAUGCAGCUUUCAAUUUUGCUGCAACUUUGGAAUGUCCGAUUAUUUUUAUAUGUCGGAAUAAUGGUUAUGCAAUCUCAACUUCCACUUUAGAACAGUUCAAAGGGGAUGGAAUUGCAGCAAGAGGACCAGCAUAUGGUAUACCAACAAUUCGUGUAGAUGGUAAUGAUGUUCUUGCUGUGUAUUAUGCAACAAAAACUGCCCGUGAACUUUGCAUUAAAAAGGGGCAACCUUUCUUAAUUGAGGCUAUGACUUACCGACUGGGCCAUCACAGUACUUCCGAUGAUAGUACUGCAUAUCGAUCGACUGACGAAAUAAAUCAUUGGAAUUAUCAUACACCAAUAAGCAGAUACCGUGAUUAUUUAGAGUCAACUGGAUUGUGGUGUGAUCAAAGAGAUAGGGAAUUUAAAAAAUGUGUAAGAAAUUCCAUUUUACUUGCUUUAACUGAAGCAGAAAAAGAACUUAAACCAUGUUGGAAAGAAUUAUUCACAGAUGUAUAUUAUACAAUGCCAAAGCAUAUACGUAAACAAAUGCAUUCAAUGGAAAACCAUGUUAUAGAAUUUCAUAAACAUUAUCCAUUACAUCUUUUUGAGCAUAAUAAUAAUAAUAAUAGUAAUAAUAAUAAUGAUAAUAAUAAUAAUAAUAAUGAUAAUAAUAUGCUGAGCAUAAACAAGAGUGAAAAUCUUCUGGGGACCCACAAACAAUGA